CGUCGGCCAGAUGUAUGUGUGCUAUCUGGGUACAGUACCUGUACCUGUACAUCUGACACUGAUCACACCCUUGAAUCCCAUGAAAUCAAUGCUGCGCAGAUGAAUUGCGUGUAUUACAAUUAUCGUCUAACAUCAUUGCAUCUGAUAAAUUGGUCUUCUUUGUCAUAACGUUAUAUAUACUACAAUAAAGCUUAAAGCUGACGUCACAAUUAAAUCAUAUCAACACCAAAUUGAUAGUCUGAAUAAAAUCAUCCUGAUAUUGAGCUGUGUUAGAAAUUAACAGCUGCGCAAAAAUAUACCUAGUCUCCCUCUUUAAAAAACAAAAAGGAACAUCCCUCAAACACCAUGAAGUGUAAACAUGAUAGGCUACUUUCCACAUUUCCAGCAGCAAAGCUGUCAGUUAGGCCCAUUAUCUUUAACAAGGAUCAUUUCCUCCAACAAAAAAAAAUGUUGGCACUAAUUAAUGGUGCUAUUAAGUGUCCGCAAAUGAUCAGUUUCUUUCUUAUGAAGGGGUGGGAUGAAAUUCCGACUUCUUCCUUUUUGAACAAUCUUUUCAUUGUCUGUUGUUGUUGCUUUCUUUUCUUUUUUUAAUGUUCAAAAUAAACUUUCAAAUCAAAAUCAAUCAAAUUAAUCAAACUUCCCAUCAUGACUGGGCUGCAUUUCUGUCAGCGGAGUCAUUUUUUUCCGAACAGCUGAUUGGCCAGUGGGUGGUGCUUUUUAUAGGAUCAGAUUCAACCCUGAACUUACCCUGCUCCGGAGCAGGAUAGCUGUUCAGAGUAAGUUACCAUGGUGAUCUACCCCGAUAAGAACUGACCCGGCUUUUUGAGACAGAAAACCCAGGGUUAACCCUGAAGUUACCUCGCUAAGACAUUAAUCCUGCUUCGUGAUACAGGCCCCUGCUCUCUCUUCUCACGGGGAAGGACCGCAGUUGGACCCUUGUGUCUGUAACUAUUUGAGUGUUUUCACACUUGGUCCUCUUCAGCCCUCUAAAUGGACUCAGAGUGGUGACUCAGCAUUUGUUGUGCAUAUGUUACUAUUUUUAGAAUUAAGCCACGUCCACUCUUGGUGCAACACAUUUAUGUCCUGUAGGAAAGGUAUACACACAGAAAAUAAGACCUCUCUUGUGCACACUGCAACUCACUUAUCAUUUACUGACCACUACUUCUGCUCUGCUGGUGUCAGCUACUCAAGUAUCUUACACUGCUAUCCUAUACUCUAUUACACCUUGAACAAAUACCAAUAACCAUAAUGCAGUUUAUACAACAGUUAGUUCCGGCCAAGCAAUUUGAAGCAAUUUGAUUGGCCAAGAGACAUUCAAAACGUGACGAUAUUGGAGUAAAAUAUCACGGUUUGUUCACUCUGCCACACUGAAUGUAUUACUCUGCAUCAAACAGCUGAUCAAUGCUGACGCGUUGCCAUGGCAACAUUCUAACUACCGCUGCGCUCAAGUGACAUUUAACGAGUCUGGCCUAGUUCAGAGAAAACAUGGAUUUUCUUAAAAAUAUCAGUUUUGAACUGAAUUACGAGUGGUCAUCAGAUGAGGAUGGGGGAGAAGGGAAGCUGAAUCCGACUGGGGCUGUGCCAACAUCCAGGUUUGCCAUCGUUUCAUCAGCUGAACUGGACGAACUGGAGAAAACCAAGAAUGAGGCGAACACCGUUAGGCAGACAUUAUGGGCUGUCAACUGUUUCCAAACUUGGUUGCGUGUGAAAUCAAUCGGCAUCAAUUUCCAGUCCAUCGAGAAGGCAGAACUGAAUGAAGUUUUGAGGCAGUGUUAUGGAUCAGUGCGCACCACCAAAGGAGAGCUUUACGGGAUAAGUAGUUAUGUCAGACUGCGCGCCGGUUUAAACCGUUACAUUAACGAGCCUCCUAUCAGCCGGUCAUGGAACAUAAUGCAAGACGCAGAGUUCACACAAGCGAAUAAUGUGUUUAAGGGAGUGGUUAAACAGAUUAGGAGAGCUGGGAAGGACAGAACAACACACCAUCCCGCUAUUACACCUGAUCAGCUCAUCCUAACGCACUCUGCUGCGCUGCGGCCAGACAAUCCAAAAGGUCUGCUUAACAAAGUCUGGUACGACCUCCAGUUACAUUUUGGACGGCGAGGGAAGGAGGGGAACAGGGCCCUUAAACUCGACUCUUUCGUGUUAAAAACGGAUGAAAACGGUGCCAAAUAUUUCACCUUGUCCUUCAAUGAGGAAACUAAAAAUCAUAAAGACCCGUUGGAGAGAGACAGAGAAAACAGGAGAGGUGCCAUGUAUGAGGAGCCAGAAAACCACCUCUGCCCAGUUGCUUCCCUGCUUAAAUACCUCAGCAAAAUCCCACCAGAUGCAAAAGCCCUCUACCUAAAACCUAAAAUGACAGCAGCCCCCACAGACAACGUCUGGUACACUGCAGCUCCACUGGGAGUUAACGCACUGGCACAGAUGCUCCCGAAGAUGUGCAAGGAGGCGGGGACACAAACUGUUUACACCAAUCACAGCCUCAGGGCCACUGCCAUCCAGAAACUGUCAGAUGCGGGACUUGCAGCGAGGGAGAUCAUGACAGUCAGUGGGCAUCGGUCUGAGAGCUCAUUGAAAAGCUACUGGAGGCCAUCCAUGGACAGCAGGAAACGAUGGAGCCACAUACUGUCUGAUCAAACCACAGAGUCAGCCGUCAUGCCUGUCAAGCAACAGUCAACUAGACCCGUGCUUUCACCCGACAUCUAUUUCACUGGCUGCACAAUCAACGGAAAUGUGCAGAUCAAUGUGAAUACGAAGUAGCGUAUAGGCUUGCCUGCUGUGUUUGCUGCGUUGCCAUGGCUACAGUGAGCGUUGAAUGUGGGGGGGAACUGUUUUUGUUGGCGGAGGAAAAUAAAAUACUUAAAUAAUCUAUUUUGUCACCUUUCUUCAACAUUUUCUUACUCAGCAUUGCUAUUUUAACUGUUGUAUAAAAGCAAUAUCACACUCCAGGUCGUGAUGUUGUACUGUGAUAUCGUCACAGCUGUGAUUCGGUCGUAGGUACGAGGCCGCAGGCCGAGUGCCGAAGACAAUCACAGAUGCAAAAGGGCUUUUGCAUCUAUCACAGUACAUCAUCACUCCCUCUCGUGUGAUAUUGCUUAAUUUUAGUACACAUAACAACUCAUAUACAUUGGGAAUUGACAUAUUACUCCUGGUACCAUACCCAUAGAUCUCUGUACUCUGAACGAGGUGUUUACAUUUCUGUAAACAACAUUUUCUUCUGGUUUUACGGCAGAUUUUCUUCUUUGUUUGCUGGAAUAUCUCGUCAAUGGCAGGGAAGCAUUGGGUCAUAAAUGACGGAAAAAACUCAUUAAUGGUGGGGAAAGAGUUAAUAUUAUUGCAGCUACAUGCAAUAAGUUCUCUCAUCAAUAUCCUACUGUCUCCCAAUAUUGUCCCUCACCACAAAGGAUACCAUUGAACCCAUUGCAAGACUAUACAACAGAGCUUAUGAGAUCCAUGGUAACCUCCCCCAUUUGGACUCAUCUCCACAGUCUUACAGUCUAAUGCCUUGACUUUUCAAAACUACACAAAUAAAUUAAAUUAAAUUCUACUUUCAGAUCAUAAACAACAUCUACAAUCCUACACUUAAUGCUGUCACACAAGUCACAACACAAGACAGCAACACGUCACUAGAUCAAUUUCACAUGCAUUUAUUCCUGUACCACAUUACAAAAAACAAUUAUGGUCAGAGAUCAUUUUGACACACUUACACUAAAAUCUGGAAUGAGAUCCCAUUAUACAUUAGAGCAAUAACCUCUAUUACACACUUCAAAUACGCAUAUUAACAGUAUCUGAUGGAAGGACAUACCUGCUAAACACUGACUUAAAUCCCAUAUCCCAUUUAACUCAGCCUCUUUAUACUGACUCCCAGUAUGUUUUAGAAUAGAUUUUAAGAUUUUACCGGUUACUUUUAAGGUUCUUUAUGGUCUCUC